AUGGAUCCCAUUUACGAUACAGAGGUUGUUUUCACCGAGAGUUUUGCGCCAAAACCAGUGCGGACAUUCGUAGUGAAUACUAAUGCCGCUUUGCAUUCCAUCAAUGCAAAUGUUGAGCCAUCUUCAGGCGUUUGCACGUUUCCCGCGAACAGUCACUUCCCUGAUCGUUUUAUUCUUUGAUCGCCUAUUGCAUGGCUGAAGGACAACUGGUUGUUGUCACCUUACCUGCCAAUAAAUACGAUAAAGCAGAAGAAGUUGUGUUCCGUGAGGCACCAACCACCUGAAGGCAUGGAUAAAAUGGUUUCUAUCGCAUUGGAGAGAGCUGCGGCUAAGGAGGAAGACGAGCUUGGGCUAGCUGAGUAUGUGAUGUCGGACGGACCCGCCCAUGAUUCUACUUUCAUGCGAUCACAGAUUGUGGUCCAGAAAUGGUCUCAAAUCAUAAGUUUGUUCUUGGAAGCCAUCCAAGCAUCUCAAUCUCCCCCAGUAGAGCCGACUCCCGAUGACACUUUAUUUGGUGGAUCCUUUACUUGCGGACUCAUAGCAGCACGACUACGGCACGUGGUGAAACAGCGUCUUGAUAUUGCGCGGAGCUUGCUAGCAUUAAUUCAGCUCUACUCUGAAGACAGUGUGGGGCGUUACGACUAUCCGAUGUUUGAGUUUUCUGAUCUCGAAAGGAAACUCAGCAAUAUCAUCAAUAAUUAUAGAUUGUUUGACGAUCAGCUGUCUCUGAAAUUGGCAAAGUGGGCCUGA